AUGGACGUUCUAUCCAGGGUUUUGGAUAUGAAAAAUGAAGAUGAUGAUGAAUUUUUGGAUAUGCCACUGACUGCCAGUGAGUUCGAAGCAAAAAAACAAGAGUUACAGGAAGAGUUGACAGCUAUACGAAAUGGCACCUGUAGAACGCUAUUGGAUUUGUUUCAUGGCUUGCAAGAAAAAAAAGAAGAAGAAUUGGAAAUUGAAGAACAGUGGAGACGCCAUUUAAUGGAAAGAGCUCAAGAAGAAUAUGAAGCAGAACUGAAGGAUGCCCGAGAAGAAUACGAGCAGCGCUGUAACUCUCUUCAAGCUAUGGUUUUAUCACACUUGGCUGAGAAAAAACGACACAUCAUGGAAGCCAAGGAUAUGUUUGAUAUUGCCAAUGAGUCUUCCUCGCUUCUUCUACAUGAUGCGUCUUCCCAAUUUAUAGAUCGUCGAAAAUUAAGACAUCGUCGAAAUGCAUCAUCCAAUAAUUCCACUUCAAAUCAAUUGCCAACUCUCAACUUCUUUGACGACUAUUUACUUUUCCCUACAGAAGAGACAGCAGAGAUUCCCGAGUCCAUAAAAAAGACUGUUCGAAAUUCAGUCAACUCUGCAAGACCAUCCAAUGUCGAGCUAUCUCUUUUUUCUCCUCUCUUGACAAUGGCCAAUGUGAAUAUCUCUGCUGCCCGAGAUCGAGAUUUUCGAGCUAUGGAGCGAGCGGAGCGUGAUCGUGAAAAAGCUGUCGAUAAAGGUCUAACAGGUGCUUCUGAAGAAGAUGUCAAACAUGAUUUACAGCUAUUAAAAAAGGAGAUCCUUAAAAAACGGUGA